AAGGGGAAUUACAUGCAAGAUCGGAAAAUACCAUUACAACCCGCUGGAAACUUUUCAUCCCUCUUCGAUAUAAAGGCGCCGCUAAAGAUGAAGGACAGAAGAGAGGAACACAACUCUAACGUUCUGAUCUGUUCAUUCAUUCAAGCAUUCUGACCUAGUGAAAAAAGAACUGAGAGAAGAUGACCCAAUUUAAACUGUUUGCUGUCACCGUGAUGAUGCUUUUGUCGAUGAACUUGUUCAGCGAACAGGUUGCAGCCUACUGCUGUACAGGCUACUCAAAAUCACAAUUGCCAUUCUCCAGAAUCAAAGGUUACACAAUACAGACUGUACAUGGUAUCUGCAACAUUAGAGCAAUAAUAUUUCACACAAUCAAAAACAAGGAUGUGUGUGCUGAUCCAGCCCAGAAAUGGGUGAUGGACAGAAUCCAGCGUCUUAAGCUCAAAGCAGAGGCACUGUCUUAAAGAUGAGAAGAUAUGAAAAUGGUUCAUGAAGAAAAGAGGAAACGAUGCUUCAGCUGUACCAACAAUAAUACUUUCAUUCACAGUCUUAAUUUAUUAGAAAGGGGGAACGAACAAAAGUCAUUUAUUUUUUUCUGUUGUUUGCACUGAAAUAACAUUCAUAAACAAGAUAGUAUAAAAGUAGCUAAUCUAAUGAUAAAAGUGUUUAUGAUAAAUGUGAUAAUGACAAAACAUAUUUUAAUAUAUUUAUGCUGAUAUUUAAAUUAAUUAAUUAUGUGAACCAGAGUAUUUACAUCUAUUCUAAUAUGUAAGAUCAAAGGAAUAAUGAAAUAUCUAAAAAGCUAACAUAUUCUUAUAUAGUUGUCAUAAGCUAAGUUUUGAUGUUUAAAAACUAAAGUUUAAUGUAUGUUCAUUGGAGGAUGUUUUUAUUCAUAUGGAAAUGGACAUGUGUUGUACAUUUCAGAAUUCACAUUGAAUGCAAUGUAAAACUAUGCAGUGUACAUUUUAUUAAAAAUCCAGCAUGCAA